UUAGUUCUAUGUUACAACCCCUGGGAAGAGCUAACGGAGAUAGCAGUUUAAUUGUUAUCACUUACUAUGUAUGACCUCCGUGGCGAAGGUGAGGGGGGCGACCGGGCUCCGGUGACCCCCAUCCUGAGGUCUAACAUCAACUACCGCGAGAAACCAGCCGUUGCGGAGGGGCAUCCGAUAAUUUCGGGAUCGUAUUAGGUAUUCCGGCAAUUCCUCUAACCCCAUUGAUGGAUUUCCGAGCACGCCUGCGAUGAGGUCGAUGAGAACACAAAGCACGCAACUAUCCCCGCAAUCAUCCCAGGACAAGUCGGCCAAUCACAUUAAGAGGCACAUGCUAUACUCCCUAGAAGAAUACUUACAACUAACUCGUCUGACUAAAUAACUUCAUGAAGAGCAAUGUCCAGUGUAUAGAUUUUGGUUGAUAUAAGACAAGACUAUCUGGGUCAAGCUGAUCUAGGGGAAUCUCUCUACGCAGAAAGUAAAUCUAUAAAAAAAUUAUUUGAGUCAAUCAGUAUGGCCCCUAUUGCUAUCGAGACGCCAGCGGCAAGUCAGCUGCAUGAUAGUAGAGUUCUAGUGAAACCGUGGGCUCGGCCAGCUAAGACUUCAGAAAAUCUUGAAUAUGCAGAACUACCCAAGAUUGAUCUGUCGCGGUUUGACGAGCCCGGUGGCAAGCAAGAGCUCGCUAAGCAACUUUACGAUGCCGUCACUAAAGUUGGUUUCUGGUCCGUAGUCAAUACGGGCAUUAAUGACGAGCGUGUCCUCCGUCAGUUCAGCUUCGGAAAUACGUUUUUCAAAGAGCCCUUGGAGGAGAAGAGACGAUUUCCCUGCAAUUUUGCUGAAGGCGAAUAUUUCGGGUACAGAGAGAACUCCCGCUGGAUUGGCGACACGGGAGUCAAGGAGAAUGUGGAGAUGCUGAAUAUACCCAAAGCUAUUCCAGCCUUUGACAACGUCGGGAAGCACAGGAUUGUCGAGCAGAACUGGGACGAGAUUGCGUCCUUUCAUAGAGAUCUGUUUGAUAAGGUGAUCCGGAAACUCUUCAUCCUCAUUUCUAUCAUACUUGAGCUUCCAGAAAACUACCUCGCAGAUGCACAUGCCUAUGACGAGAAGUCGGACGACCACCUCCGGUACAUGAUCUACAAUGUAAGAAGUCAAGAGGAAUGGGACAAAGCCCAAGCCUACUCUAAGGGUGGUCACACCGACUUUGGCAGCUUGACUCUGCUAUUCUCCCAACAUGUUGCCGGGCUACAGAUACGCACACCAGAGGGAGACUGGAAAUAUGUAAGCCCCGUAGAGGGUGGUAUCACUUGCAACGCGGCGGACACUUUGACGUUUCUAACAAACGGCUUUAUCAAGUCAACCAUUCACCGUGUGGUGACGCCGCCGAAAGAUCAAAUCAACAUUCCACGACUUGGUUUACUCUAUUUCAGUAGGCCCGGCGACAAUACGCCUAUGAAAACUGUCCCAUCUCCGCUGCUAGACCGUCUCGGACUCAUUCCAGCAGAAGAUAAAGAUCCAAACAAGCCAGUAGUGUCCGGAACGGAGUAUGUGAGAGCACGAGUUAAGGAUGUGCAUUAUAAGACUGUCCUCGACAAGCGUGAGGGGACUUCUUUUAAAUUCAAGGGGUUGAGUGUACAGAAUUACUAUAAGUAGUCUGAUAAUGAUCUAUCCUAAUAGUACGCAAUUCUAUACAGCCCCAAACUACUCCUAUGUAGGUAUAGGAGAGAGAAUGAGGAUUACAAAGACCGGGCUUGUAAAUCCUUCGGACUGAGGGGAUUAUAUUUGCCUAGUUCAAGAUUACCUAGGUAAUAUACACGCUUCCACAUAUAAAUGGUACACAUAGAAUUCGAGUUUCCAUCACAGUUUAGUUAGGUAAUAUAUUAAAGCUCAAGAG